GGCGAUGGGCGAGGGGUGAGUGCGGGAGGCCGGGCCCCCGGGCUGCCUUUCGUUGCUUGUUGGGGCUCCGGGUGAAUGGGUUAGGGUGAAGAACGAGGGGCCACGCCCGGCCUUCCCGCUGCCCCGGCGGCCACCCGGCGCCGUCUCUGAGGCGCCGGUUCCGGGGCCCUGUCCCCGGCCUCCCCUUGCUCUGUGACUCCGGGCUCUCCGGCUCCACGAAAACAGCACGAUUCUGCCCCGGGCCCAGGCCCCCUUCUGUCCCCUCUUCCCGUGAGAGACUUCCAGAUCUCAAUUAUUUUUUGACUGAUUUUUAAGCAUUUCUCUACUUAUAGCUGUCUGUUUGCAUUCUGAUUGGGAACACUGGGAUCAUUUUCAUCAUGCCAACAGUGGUGGUAAUGGACGUAUCCCUUUCCAUGACUCGACCUGUGUCUAUCGAGGGGUCUGAGGAAUACCAGCGUAAGCACCUAGCAGCCCAUGGUUUGACAAUGCUGUUUGAGCAUAUGGCCACAAAUUACAAGCUUGAAUUUACAGCCCUCGUGGUUUUUUCAUCACUUUGGGAGCUGAUGGUCCCCUUCACAAGAGAUUAUAACACCUUACAGGAAGCACUAAGUAAUAUGGAUGAUUAUGACAAAACCUGCUUGGAGUCUGCAUUAGUUGGUGUUUGCAAUAUUGUGCAGCAAGAAUGGGGUGGUGCAAUUCCUUGCCAGGUUGUUCUAGUGACAGAUGGCUGUCUUGGCAUUGGUAGAGGGUCAUUGCGGCAUUCCCUAGCUACCCACAAUCAACGAAGUGAGAGCAACAGGUUUCCACUACCUUUUCCUUUCCCAUCUAAGUUAUACGUCAUGUGCAUGGCUAAUUUGGAGGAGCUUCAGAGCACCGAUUCCUUGGAAUGCCUUGAACGUCUCAUAGAUUUAAACAAUGGUGAAGGGCAGAUAUUUACUAUUGAUGGCCCCCUGUGCUUGAAAAACGUACAGUCUAUGUUUGGAAAACUGAUAGAUCUGGCAUAUACUCCUUUCCAUGCUGUUCUCAAGUGUGGCCACCUAACUGCUGAUGUACAAGUCUUCCCCAGGCCAGAACCUUUUGUUGUAGAUGAAGAAAUUGAUCCUAUCCCUAAAGUCAUUAACACAGAUUUGGAAAUAGUGGGAUUUAUUGAUAUAGCUGAUAUUUCAAGUCCCCCAGUUCUAUCCAGACAUCUGGUUUUACCUAUAGCACUUAACAAAGAAGGCGAUGAGGUGGGUCCUGGCAUUACUGAUGACAAUGAAGAUGAAAAUUCAGCCAAUCAGAUUGCAGGCAAAAUACCCAACUUUUGUGUCUUGCUCCAUGGCAGCCUAAAAGUAGAAGGAAUGGUGGCAAUUGUUCAGUUAGGCCCCGAAUGGCAUGGAAUGCUCUACUCCCAAGCUGACAGCAAGAAGAAAUCAAACCUCAUGAUGUCCCUCUUUGAGCCUGGCCCAGAACCUCUCCCAUGGCUAGGGAAAAUGGCACAGUUGGGUCCUAUUUCAGAUGCUAAAGAAAAUCCUUAUGGUGAGGAUGACAAUAAGAGCCCGUUUCCCCUACAGCCCAAAAACAAACGCAGUUAUGCCCAGAAUGUGACUGUCUGGAUCAAACCCAGCGGCCUGCAGACAGAUGUACAGAAGAUUUUAAGAAAUGCAAGGAAACUACCUGAGAAAACACAGACAUUCUAUAAGGAGCUAAACCGAUUACGAAAGGCUGCCCUGGCCUUUGGUUUCUUGGACCUGCUCAAAGGCGUGGCUGACAUGCUGGAAAGGGAGUGCACACUGCUGCCUGACACAGCGCACCCCGAUGCCGCGUUCCAGCUGACCCACGCUGCCCAGCAGCUCAAGCUGGCCAGCACUGGCACCUCCGAGUACGCUGCAUAUGACCAGAACAUCACACCUCUGCAUACAGACUUCUCUGGGAGCAGCACUGAAAGAAUGUGACUUUUGGAGCCUUCCUUCUUUUUCAUUUCAAGUGAAAAUGAGUUAGAAUAAAAACCUUCCCAGUAUGUUCACCUCUGGAAUAGUCACCCAAAGACCUACCCCUGAGGCUGCCUCAGAUGCACCAUGUGCGGGUUGGACUGAUUCUGCUACAGCUUGGGAAGGGUCUGAGGGCUGGCUAGUUGGCUGGGCUUUAACUUUAGCUUCCUGGGGCUCAGAAUUUUUAAAUCCAAAAGACAGCUGUUGCUCCCAUGAUGGGCACAUCUCUUGAGAAGCUUGAAUGAAUGAUGAGCACAGAGCUCCUCCGCCUUCCUCAGAAAACCUGACCAGCAGGAGUUCUCUGGCUUCCUGAAAGCACCAUCUCUUCUCUCCAGUUUUACAUCUCAACUAUAAGGACAUUUCAAGCUUUUGUCCUUGGGAUGAAUAACCCAGACUGUCUGGGGCAUGCUAACUGCAAACCCAUCACCAAAGUUUCAGAACUUUCCUUAGAACUUGGGCAAAAUGUGGUGAUAAUCCUUAGGAGCUUCUGGUUGAUCUUGAGGUAUAGACUUUUAAACAGCAACCACACAUGUAUAAAAUGCUUCCUGUUUCUUUGGAUUUUUUUUUAAACAAAUAAAAUAUUUGAUUUUCUAAUAA